ACUCAAUCAAUUUAGAUUUUCCUUCUGUUCCUCUCCCAUUUUCUUACCCUGAAAAUGAUGGUCCUCAUUUAGAAACCUGCCAAUCUUGGAUGAGGGAAGAGUACUCGAAAUUGAAUAGGAUGGAAAUGAGCAUAUGGCAGUGUUGUGAGCUCUUGAAUGAGGUAGUGGAUGACAGUGAUCCUGAUUUGGAUGUGUUGGGAAUGGAACCAACAUUCAACCUAGGCGUUAGUGUUUUCCCCAAGGAAACAUCCUCAGGUUUUUCAGGUGUUGAAGCAGUUGAAGAUCUCCAUAGUGUAGGUUGUGAAGUUGUCCAAACAUUUAGGAACGGGAUAGAUGAUCAAGACGAUACUAAUCUUUCAAAGUUUGACCUGAACAACUUUCGGCCAAUGUCGAGAGACCUUUUUGUAGGAGGAGAAAAGGAAGAACAGUUGAACAGCUUAGACGAUGAGCAAAGACCUACUAGGUAUGCAACCCAGCCUAAAGAGCAGUUUCAGAUUCCAACGAAAAUAAGCCAAAGGUACCCUAGACAUAAUGCUUCACAGCGUGGAGGACUCAUAGAAUUUGCUUGGAUGUCCAAGCUAGAAAAAAGAACCAAAGUUCUAGAAAUGGCCAUGGGAAGGAUUUUCUCCCGCCUAAUCCCUAAUGACCCCUUGAUUCCUUUGUUGAAUAGGGGUGAGCAAUCAGCAAAAAUUGCAACUCGCAAUUCCUUAACCUUGAGCAAUGUAGUGGUUUCAACCAAGCCAAAGGGAAGUGGGAAGUCAAAUCUCGAGCCCAGCUCGUCAAAGCACAAUGAGGAGUUGAUGAGGAAAAAUGAAGAGCUUGAAAUGCAACUUAAGGACAUAUAGAAGUUUGUUGACGAGUUGAAGAGUCCGAGGUCGUGUCAAUAAGCUCUGGAUUUAGAU